AUGUUCACGGGUACCGAUUGUCGAAACUUUGCCGAAGUAUUACUAUCCCCCUGCUGUAACUGUUUCAGGAUUGCCACGGGGCUAGAUUUCCGGCAGACGGGGAGGUGGGCGUCGUCCAAGAGGAGGGCCGAGAGGCCAGAUCUCUCCGGAUUGAAACGACGGCGGCCGUCGAUGGAGAUGGUGAAUGACCAGACGACGUCGCUCUCGUGGAGCUCGAGCGGGUCGCCAUCGCGGGUCGGGUUGAAUCGGACGGGCUCGGGCUUUCCGGCGAGUCCGAUUAAGCAGAAGGUGGGGGGAGGAGGUGGGCGGUGGACAGGUGACAUGCCUUCAAGAAUACCUCCAUUGAAGAAAACCCUAGUUUUUCUAGUGAAGAAUGCGGAUAUAGGGCUCGUUACACUUCGAUCAUUGUACCAAAAAUUAGAGCAAGUUUAG